AAAAUUAACUUUCCAAGUUUUGCCGCCAAUCAUUCACCCUACUCUCUUUCUCUGCAUCUCUCUGCCAAAUCCAAAUCCAAAAAAAAAAAAAUACACGAAGAUUGUUGUGAAUUUGAAAAUGACAUCAACAGUUCCUUUCCAAAUAAUCGUCGACGACGACGAAUUUGAUUGGGAGGCAGCAGUCAGAGAAAUCGAUGCCUCUUGUGAAAGAGCGAAUAACCCUUCAUCUACUACAAUUAAUCAAGCUUCUUCUUCCAAUUUUACCCCUCCCGUUAAUAUUCUUAAUAAUUCUUCUUAUUCUUCAUGUACAAAGACUGGGACUUGCAAGCAAUCCACGCUCGAUAAGUUUAUUGGCAGAGCGAAUCCGCCGGUGAAGCCAACGGUUGAGGUCCGACAUCCUCAGGGUAAUGGCAUCAUCAACAGUGAUGGGAGGUCGUGUUGCGUUGAGAUCGAUGCUGAGGCAGCUAAAACUUGGAUUUUCCCAGUCAAUGUACCUCUCAGAGACUAUCGAUUAGCUAUUACAAAGACCGCGUUAUUUACAAACACAUUGGUUGCAUUGCCAACUGGGCUCGGAAAGACGCUUAGUGCUGCUGUUGUUAUGUAUAACUACUUCAGAUGGUUUCCUGAUGAUUUGAUGGAAGGCUAUGGGUUAGGGGAAAAAUCUAGUGGUAAAAUAGUUUUUGCUGCUCCUUCUCGACCGCUUGUGAUGCAACAAAUAGAAGCAUGCCAUAAUAUUGUGGGGAUACCACAAGAGUGGACAAUUGAUAUGACCGGCCAGGUAUGCCCUCCAAAAAGGGCAUGUUUUUGGAAAACUAAACGAGUUUUCUUUGUUACUCCACAAGUGCUGGAAAAGGAUAUUCAGUCUGGAACAUGUCCGGCAAAACACUUGGUUUGUUUGGUAAUUGAUGAGGCUCAUAGAGCAUCAGGAAUUAAAUUAUUCUUACUGUGUAGCAAUUCGCGAGUUGCUGGCCAUACCAGUGCAACUGAGAAUAUUAGCAUUGACUGCGACUCCAGGAUCAAAACAGCCGGCUGUCCAGCAUAUCAUUGAUAACUUACAGCUAUCAGCUCUUGAAUAUCGUAAUGAAAGGGAUCCUGAUGUCAUUCCAUAUGUUCAUGACAGAAAGAUUGAACUACUUGAGGUUGCUCUGGGGUAAGAAGCUGUCGAUACUAACAAACGGCUAUUGGAAGUGAUGCGUCCAUAUGUGGCAAGGCUUUCUACACUUGGACUUCUCCAUAAUAGAGACUAUCAAACUGUAUGACUUGAUAAAUUACAAAUUCGUUCAAUUUUCUUCAUUGUGUUAACUCUAGUAUGUUAAUGUCACUGCUUUCCUUUAUUCAAUAAAUUCUCAGGCAAUAAUAACAUUUCUUUCAAUGUACAUUUUCGCUCCA